GCCAUGCACGGGCGCGUCAAGAGCGUAGAGCGCGAGAAGGAGCAGCAGAAGACGGAUGCGCAGCGCCAGGAGGAGCUCUCCAAGGUGCGCAUGUACCACGAGGUGGCGGGCAAGGUGCUGGAGAUGAAGCGCCAGCAGCUGUACGAGCCCAGCGCGCUGCCGCUGACCAGCCACCUGCUGCUGCUGAACCCCGAGUUCCACGUGGUCUGGAGCUACCGGCGCCAGGCGAUCGACGCGCUGGCAGCCAAGGCGCAGGACCCGCCGGCCGAGAUGCAAGAGAUGGCAAAAACCGAGCUCAAACUGACACUGGACGCGCUGCAACGCAACCCCAAGUCGUACUCGGCGUGGUUCCAGCGCAAGUGGAUCAUCGAUCGCGGGCUCGGCGACCUCAAGAAGGAAAUCGGAUUGUGUGACAAGCUCCUGGAUCUCGAUGAACGCAAUUUCCACUGCUGGAACUACCGUCGACAUGUGUGCAAGUUGGCUGGCGUCUCCGAGGAGGACCAACUGGCGUUCACCACGCAGAAGAUCGAGCAGAACUUCUCCAAUUACUCGGCACUGCACCACCGCAGCAUCUCCCUGCCCGAGCCAUUGACGGCAGAUUUGCUGUUCGACGAGAUCGGCCUCGUCCAGCAGGCUGUAUUCACGGAGCCGGACGACCAGAGCGCGUGGUUCUACUACCGCUGGCUGCUGACGUCCAUGCUGGAGAUGGUCGAGUCCUCGGCUGAAGACGCUGCGGGAUUCCUCAAGAGUCAGGUGCAGUGGCUGGACGAGCUGCUGGAGAUGGAGACGGAGGCCAAGUGGGUCGUCGUCACGCUCGCCGAUCUGCACUACCGUCUCGGAGCGAUCACCGACGUGAACGGGUGGGAGGAGUCCAAGAAGAGGAGCGUGGAGCUGUACGAGCGCGCGAUCGAGCUGGACCCGGACCACCGUCGAUACUACCAAGAGAUGAAGAAGAAGAGUGCGUGA